UCAAAUGCUCUUGGGCGGAAGUGGAGUCCGUUGCGGCGGAAGGAUAAAGCAAUGAGGGUGAAUGACACGCUUCCUUUUUUCUGUGGCCGCCAUAGCGAGUGGAGCGUGGUUCCCGGCGAGCCGAAACUUUAUUACCGAUUAUGGCCUGUGCCCGACCCCUCAUCUCUGUAUACUCAGAGAAAGGAGAAUCUUCAGGCAAAAAUGUUGUCCUGCCUGCCGUGUUCAGGGCUCCUAUUCGCCCUGAUGUUGUGAAUUUUGUGCACACCAACAUGCGCAAGAACAGUCGCCAGCCCUAUGCAGUCAGUGAACUGGCAGGUCACCAGACCAGUGCCGAGUCCUGGGGUACAGGAAGAGCUGUGGCCCGUAUCCCCCGUGUGAGGGGUGGGGGUACUCACCGUUCCGGCCAGGGUGCUUUUGGAAAUAUGUGUCGUGGAGGACGCAUGUUUGCCCCCACCAAGACCUGGCGCCGUUGGCACCGCAGGAUCAACACUCCUCAGAAGCGCUAUGCCAUCUGCUCAGCUCUGGCUGCUUCUGCCAUCCCUGCACUUGUCAUGUCCAAGGGACACCGUGUUGAGGAAAUCCCUGAGGUCCCUCUUGUGGUUGAAGACAAAGUUGAGGGUUACAAAAAGACCAAGGAGGCUGUGCUCCUGCUGAAGAAGCUUAAAGCCUGGAAUGACAUAAAGAAGGUCUACGCCUCUCAGCGCAUGCGUGCCGGAAAGGGUAAAAUGAGGAAUCGUCGACGCAUUCAGCGCAGAGGCCCUUGCAUCAUCUACAACCAAGAUGCUGGCGUCACAAAGGCUUUCAGAAAUAUACCUGGCAUAACUCUGCAGAAUGUGAACAAGCUGAACCUUCUGAGACUGGCCCCUGGUGGUCACGUUGGACGCUUCUGCAUCUGGACGGAGAGUGCUUUCCGCAAGCUUGAUGAACUGUAUGGCACCUGGCGUAAACCUGCCUCCCUUAAGGUUGACUACAAUCUGCCAAUGCACAAGAUGACCAACACAGACCUGAGCAGAAUUCUGAAGAGUGAGGAAAUCCAGAAAGCACUUCGUGCACCCAACAAGAAGAUCCACCGCAGGGUACUGAAGAAGAAUCCUCUGAAGAACAUGAGGGUUAUGUUCAAACUGAACCCCUAUGCCAAGACGGCAAGACGUCAUGCCAUUCUCAAGCAUGACCCCUCGAUCAAGGCUAAGAUGCUGAAACCUAAGAGGAAGCCUGGAAAGAAGGGAGCACCUAAGAAAAUCAAGGCUUAAAUUUAUACUUGUUGACCAGAGUUCACUAAGAAAAUAAAUGAUUGGUUUCAA